CCGUUCUAUACAACUGGGAGAGAAAUGGCGGCGGGCUUGGGUGGGCACCAGCCUUGGUACUCGAGGACUGCUGUUCCGUCAACGCAGCUUAACCGCAGCCUGGAAAGGGUUCUGGAGGAGGCAGUUCAUUCGGGCAUUCUCAAUCUAAGCGGGCGGAAGCUUAAGGAGUUCCCUGCCGUCAACUACGAUUUGACAGAUACGGUGCAGGCAGAUCUCUCAAAGAACAGAUUUAUUGAAAUUCCACAAGAGGUUUGUUUGUUCGCACCUCUGGAGACAUUACAUUUGUAUCACAAUUGCAUUAAGUGCAUUCCAGAAACAGUUGUUAAUCUGCAAAUGUUAACUUUUCUAAAUAUUAGUCGAAAUCUUCUAUCAACAUUGCCAAAAUAUCUGUUUAAUCUUCCACUUAAAGUUUUAGUUGUGAGUAACAAUAAGCUAGUUUCCUUACCAGAAGAAAUUGGAAAGCUUAAAGAUUUAAUGGAAUUGGAUGUUAGCUGCAAUGAGAUUCAAAUCCUUCCUCACCAAAUGGAAAAGCUUCAGUCACUUAGGGAAUUAAAUAUUAGAAGAAAUCAUCUGCAGGUAUUACCUGAAGAAUUGGCAGAACUUCCCCUCGUAAAAUUAGACUUUUCCUGCAAUAAAGUGACCAAAAUACCCACCAGUUUUAGAAAGCUCAAAUACCUUCAGGUUAUAAUAUUAGAUAACAACCCAAUGCAAUCUCCUCCAGCACAGAUUUGUCUCAAAGGAAAAGUGCAUAUAUUCAAAUUCCUCAAUAUUCAAUCAUGUCGCAUAGACAAGAAGCCAGAUUCCUUGGAUCUUCCCUCUUUGGAUAAGAGAGCACAUCCUCAAACCCUGACGGACAGCAUGGAAGAUUUUUAUCCAGUUAAAAACCAUGGUCCUGAUUCAGGCAUUGGUAGUGAUAAUGGUGAUAAGCGGUUGUCUACAACUGAACCCUCAGAUGAUGAUACAGUUAGCAUACAUUCACAGUUAUCCGAAAUAGCCAAGGACAUUCCUCUGAAAUCAGACAAUCAUUUAACUGGAAAUAAAGUAAACUCCCAUAAAAGCUCAGUGGAUCAGGAGCAUUUUGAUUUUAUUGAGAAUGCAGAAGAGGAAGAAACACCAUCAUCUGAAACAGAUAUUCAUCUAAGUGCUCCAUUUGUGACCUGUAUAAAAGACCAAGGAAAGCUGCCUGAAAAAUCACAGCUUAUGGAAGAAAAUAAUUGGGAAGAUAAACCAAGGCGCUCAAGUGAAAUGCAACAAAUAUUUCGAGAUGAGGAUGAGUUGAAGGAAGUUAUGGAUUUGCGUAAAAUAGCAGCUCAAAUAUUACAGCAGGAACCACAGAACAGACGGAGGCCAGUAACUUUUAAAGCAUCAUUCAAUGAAAACUUUAUCCAGAGGAGAAGGUCAGCAGGACCAGGAUCAAGACUGUUAGUACACUCAUCAUUAAGUGGAAGAGACAAGAAGAAAAAACCAUUGGAAUCUAAUAGUAGAUCAACAGAUAAGGUAGAUUCACCAGGAUCACUCUUCAGCUGUCGGUCAACAGGUGUUUCUGACGAAGUUGAAAAACAAGAUGUGAAUAAUACAGAUCAAAAGUAUGGUGAGGUUCAGCGACCUGUAGAAUGGCAUCAUGAAGAAAGGAAACACAUUAAGCAGAUCAGAAAAGAUCAGAUGAAGCAGCUAAAAUCUUCAAAAAAGAAUAAAGAGGAAUUUGCAUAUGAAAAUGAGUCAGAUAUUGAAACUACAUCCAUGCCUUCGACAUCACCUGUUCAGAUCACAUCUUCUUCCCCUUCUGUCCAGGUUAUACGUAGCCAAUCUUUUGAGGAGGAAAGUAGGUUCAUUGCCUUCUCCACACCACCCUCAGCAGUACCUUUUGGCCUCAAACCUCGAUCUGCUUUCACCCGUCCACCUCGUCAGGAAUUUGGAGCUAUGGACCCAGGAUUUACUAUUCGAAGGAAGAUGGAACACCUAAGAGAAGAAUUGGAACAAAUUAGGCAGCUUAAGCAGAACCUUGAAUUAAGAUUAAAAGUAGUUCUGCCAGAAGACAUCGGCGCAGCAUUAAUGGAUGGGGUGGUACUGUGCCAUCUUGCCAAUCAUAUUCGUCCACGAUCGGUGGCCAGCAUCCAUGUCCCAUCACCAGCCGUGCCUAAACUGAGUAUGGCAAAGUGCAGAAGAAAUGUUGAGAAUUUUCUCGAGGCUUGCAGAAAAUUAGGAGUUCCAGAGGUAAUUUCGAGUCAUUCUGUGAACACAUUAUUGAUCAGAAGUCUUUCAAGCAUGGGUCUCAACAUCAUAGCUGCUUUCUUCCUUGCUAUAGUUUUACAGCCAAGACUGACAUCGGGAGUGCUGACAACAGUUGACCCACCUACUGAUGUACAGAUUAUUGAUCCUGGACACUUCGGGCCACUUCACAUACACUGGAAACCUCCACUCAGUUUGACUGGCAGGAUGAUUUGUACGGUACGGUACAUGUUGUUCUACUGCAACGUAGACUCAACGAAUUGUAAGCAUGUAGUCACCGGGCAACUGAAGCACACCGAUGGAUUUAACCUCAACAAGGGAAUCUUUGUGAAAAUCCAGACAUUAGUGAAAGAGCAUUGUGAAAAUGGAACUGAAAUACACAGCGAAUGGAUCAAGAAAGAGUACCGGCCGUACGCGGAAGGUCACGUGGAUUCCAAAGUCAAGAACUUGCAAUGCAUUGUUUACAACAUGGAAUACAUGGACUGUUUAUGGGAGAAUGGAAGCAAUGUUCCACGUGAUAUCAAUUACAGACUCCAUUAUUGGCAUCACAAGCUGGACCAAGCCAUGGAAUGCAAAACUUACAUUAAAAGUGUAGGUCAUAAUGUUGGCUGCCAUUUUUAUGAAGACAGUCUUGUCGAGUUCACUGAUUUCAACAUUUGCAUAAAUGGCACCUCAAGAACUCAUCCAGUGAAGCCAGCAUAUUAUGUAUUCCAGCUUCAGGAUCUUGUUAAGCCAGCAGCUCCUUAUAAAAUCAACAUGACUGCGUCAAAAAAUGGUAUCAUUUAUCUUCAAUGGGAGCCCCCAGCUGGCAAAAUCAAACCUCACUGCCUGGAAUAUGAAAUUCAUUACUCAGGAAAAGACUCUAUCUGGAAGCCGAAUGUAACUCUUGAGGAAACUACCUAUACGUUCCUGAACGUGAACGUUAAACCAAAGUUCUGUGUCCGUUUAAGAGCCACUGUCCACAAGUAUUGUGCUGAAAAAAGCUUUUGGAGUGACUGGAGCCCUGCCCAAUGCUUGCAAGACUCUUCAGCAGACAGGGAAAAUGAUUCUAUCAAAUUUAACUUGUUGCAUGAGCUGAUUUUACUCUCGUCAUUGGCAUUAAUCACUUUGGUUCUGCUUGUGAGUAUUCUCGGCUGCUGGAUCAGAUGGAAGCGAUCCUUUGCAAAGGAAAAGUUCAAUGUGUUACUUACUGAAGAAACCAAGAGCAUCAAAGAAAGAAAAUGCAUUGACUGCUGAAAUAUUGCUCACUCUUUUAAGAGUAUUACUGAUCAUUAAAAGUUCUCAUUAAUUGCAUUUUAAAUUAAUACAAUUUAAGAAUUUCCAUACAGAAUGGGCUUUUAUGUAUUCAGUCUUUAAAAGUUCUGUUGUUCCUUAGAUGAUUGUAGAUUUAACAGCUGCAUUUUUGCAAGAGCCAGGGUAAUUUUAUAGUGAAGCAACAGUGUAGCAGUUAUUUUCAAAUUGUGCAACUCUCAAGACAUUUCUUGUGAAUGACUGGGUACUUCAUUGCACUUUGGAAAGCAAGCUGAACUAUUACAUUGUGAGGAUAUUAUAAAAGAAGAUUUGGAAUUAAGUAAUAUAUCUUAGGACCACAGUAUGUUCCAAGUGUAAUAUGGCUAAAGAGAUAUUCUUGAAGUGUGAUUUUCCAAUCAACGUAUCAGAUGCAUAUAAAACUUACAGAGGUGUUUGAGAGUUAUAGAGCUCAGAAAUAGGCCCGUUGAUGCACCAUGUUCUUGUUGGCCAUUCAGUACAUGUCUAUACUAAUCCCAUUUUUCAGUACUCAUUCCAAACCCUAUAUAUCAAGUGCUCAUCUAAAUGCUUCUUAAAUAUUGUGAACAACGCUCUGACAGUGAGUUCCAGAUUUCAAUUACUCUCUCGGUGAAAAGAUAUUCUUUCUCAAAUCUUUUCUAAAUCUUGUAUCCCUUACCUUAUAUGUGUGCCCUCCAGUCUUAGCCACACCUGCUAAGGUGACAAAUUCUCCACUAUGUCUUUGCCCCUUAUAAACAUAUAUUUGGGGGCCUGUGAUACACCCCCAGCAAACAGAUCACCCUUCCUUUGUCCCUAAGGUCCACCUCUGUGGGCUCAUUUGAAGAACCCUUCAGAUAUUCCCUCUCUGUAUUUCAGAAAUGAAUGCCUUGAUUAAUUCUACAGUAUCAUUUCCCUUUUUAUACUCUAUUUCUCACCCUCAAACACUUAUUGAAAAUGAUUCUAUACCUGGAAAGUUGAGCUUCCAUCUUUCAGCCAAAUUGCCAUGAUUGAAACAGUAACACAUUCCUAUUUAUUAAUCCCUUACCUCAGUUUCUUUGAUCCUUGUGUCAUUACAGUUACGAACCAUGAAAACUUAGUUUACUUUGAAGAGUUUUCAUUUUUUCUCUCACUGAAUAAUGGACAUUUUCCAGUUCAGAUACGAUCUGCCUGCCUUGUAUGUCUCAUCUUUUCCGAAACUUUAACCAUGACCUUGAAAUCAAAAGCCCUGCAGUACAAUCUUUUCAGCUACACGUUCGUUUAACUUUUCCUACAAUCUUUAUAUUCAAUAGCACUUGAAAUAAUCCAAAGAUUAGAUGUCGUACUCUCUAAUCUGCUCCCUGUACUCACAAUACUGGACUUCAGCCCCCAUUUUACUCAUGUUGUUCCAACUCAGAUGAAGUACAACUUGUGACUGUAUAUUCUGCCUUAGAACAUUUCUGUGAUCUUGGUGCCGGGGGCAUCAAAACAACCUGGGUUGUGUCCCAUAAGUGCCUGUCUUUUCCCUCAAUAUUGAGCACCCUGUCAUUAUUGUUCUAGGACUCUGUUCUUUUUCCUUUCUAAAAAAAUUAGAGUCAUACACAAUACUGGGAACGUCUCCAGCAACAGGAAGCUGUUCUACAUUUCAGGAUGGAAGCGCAAUCAUUGUUUUUUUCUGAAUUAUGAAAAUUAAUGUUCAGUCCUGAUCUUUUGGAUGUAUUGUACAAAGUCUGCUUGGAAGAAAUGUUUUUAAAUAGCAAUAUUUUAUGUAACUGAUAAGUUAGGUGGGUUUGCAAGGAGCAGUGGUCUCAUAAGACACAACUAAAUGAAUUGGAAAACUGGUUGACAGAAAUACAUGCUGUAGUACUGUAUUAUUUAUGUGUAUAAAGUAUUAUUAUGCUGUUCAAUAUUAUCAAAAAAUUAGAUAGCGUUUUAUAGAAUACAUCUCAUGAUUCAAGAAGCUCAAGUGCAGUUUUUGUGGCUAUUUUUGUAAUAUAUUUUAAAGAAGAAGUUAAUCUUCUAGAAUUAAAAGGCAUCCAGGACUACAGAGAGAGUGAGAGAAUAUGGUAUUGAGAUAAAUCAUCAGCCAUGACUGUAUUGACUGAUGGAGCAGGCUCAAAGGCUAAACGGGCCUUUUCCUAUUCCUAUCUUCUAUGUUCUCAUACCGUAAAUACAAACAUUUUAAGCUAAAGAGAAGAUAUUAGUUCCUGUUUCCGUUUAACACCAUUGAAAAUGGUCUUUCAUUCAGUAUGUAUACACAAUAUGCUUACAUAUUUAACCCUAGUAUUUAGUAGUACUAUAGUGAGAUAUCAGCACUAAACAUUUUAGUUGUUUGGCUUUCGAAUGUGCAUUGUUAGCAAGCAAAACUACCAGGAGAAUUGCUGGUUCUUGAGAAAUCAGUGUGGUCUUUUCACACUUUCGUUAAUUGGGUUAUAAAACUGCACUAAUACUUGUGUUAUAAAAAUCUUAAGUGAAUAAAACUGAAACAGUUUGAGUCAAUGCACAUGAAGUAAGUGUUCUGAUAUUAAAUAUAGAAGACAAUAUGAGCACAGCAAGCUUUUGUAAACAAUGAAAUGAAUGGACAGUAUUUUUUUAUUUGAUUAGGACAUUUUGCUCUUUAGUUAAUACCUUGGGAUUGAACUGAAUGACCAGAAUGAGCCUAUUAAUCAACAUUACAUAUAAAACAUACAGAAAUGAAAUGCUGUCAUUAAAAUGUAUUUCAAUAUAUUAGUUAAUUGUAAUAAAUAAAAGAUUAUCCUGCACAAUAAUGUCAUAUAUUUGUAAAACUUCCUUUGUAGUUUGUGUUAUUUGAAUGCAGAAGAUCAAAAAUAAA